UUCCCCAGCAUGGCACGAAGGAGAACAGCGUAUGUAACAUAUGCACGAGGUACGGCUUUUAGACAAAGUCGCAGAGUUUGCGCCAAAUGGACAAACCAAAGCCCGCAAACGUAAACCUUUAACUUUAACUGCUUCCCUUCUCCUCCUUCUUCUUCUGUAACUCUCCUUCAUUCUAUUUCUCAUUAACAUUCAUAUACCUUCAUCACUUUCCCCAAAACGCGGUCGUUUCCACCGGGUCCGGUUCCGCGGCAUUGGUUGGCUGGUAUGAAUAGCGUGUUCAGCGAGCAGAUACUCGCGGACAAGCUGUCCAAGCUCAACAGCACCCAGCAGUGCAUUGAAACUUUAUCACAUUGGUGUAUAUUUCACCGAAGCAAAGCAGAGCUGGUAGUGGGAACAUGGAAUAAACAAUUUCACAAUUCAGAGAAGGUUCAGCGAGUCCCCCUUCUGUAUCUUGCAAAUGAUAUCCUGCAAAACAGCAAACGUAAAGGAAAUGAAUUUGUGACCGAGUUUUGGAAGGUUCUUCCCACAGCACUUAAGGAUGUUCUUGAGAAAGGUGAUGAUCAAGAAAAACGUGCAGUAUUUAGACUGGUUGAUAUAUGGGAGGAAAGGAGAGUGUUUGGAUCUCAGGCUAAGAGCCUUAAAAAUGUAAUACUUGGAGAAGAAGCACCUCCGCAGUUAGAAUUCAACAAAAAGCGGUCCCGUUCAGUUAGAAUUGUGAAAAAGGAUUCUCGUUCCAUUAAAACGAAAUUGUCCAUUGGAGGUACAGCAGAAAAAAUAGUCUCAGCCUUUCAUACGGUGCUUAAUGAACAUUCCAAUGAAGAUGCAGAGAUGAGUAAAUGCAAGGCAGCUGUUCAUCGUGUGAGGAAGAUGGAAAAAAAUGUUGAUAUUGCAUGCACUGUUGUAAAGGACCCUAAGCGAAAAACUUUGUCCAAGGAACUAGUGGAGGAAGAAAAUAUUUUGAAAGAAUGCAUUGAAAAUCUCAAAUUAGUUGAAGCAAGUAGAACAUCACUUGUUACUCGCUUAAAAGAAGCUUUGCAUGAGCAGGAAUCUGAGCUGGAGAAUGUUCGCACUCAGAUUCAGGUAGCACAAGCACAAGUAGAAGAGGCUAGCUACAUGCGGAAGCGACUUGAUGAUGAAGAUUCUUCAUAUAAAGCCUCAACUUCAACGACUUCAGUUACUGAUGUGAAUACAAAAUCAGAAGCAACAACUAAGAAGUCAGCUGCAGCAAUUGCAGCUGAGGUUGCAGAUAAGCUAACAGCUUCUACGUCAUCUCAGUUAAUCAUGACUUCUGUUCUCUCAACAUUUGCAGCGGAAGAGGCAAAAAGUGCUUGUCUAACUUCUGAGACCAUGUCAAAACCUGAGAAGUCAAUACCUAUAUCAGAUCCAAAUGUUUUUAUGACUUCACAACAGUUAAUUGCCACACCAAAUCAUUCAUAUCCUUCGGUUUUGGUACCUCAACCCACCUUGCAGAAUCCAGCUGCUGCAUCACAGGGUCAAUAUCAAAUGCUUUGUAAUUCAUCCUCCCAGCAUUAUUUGCAAUCAACAGGAGGGGUCAUUUCUUCUUAUGGUUAUGGUAGCAUCGCACCAUUACCAUUGGGGCCACCCCCACCCCAUAUGGUGGGUCCAAUGGUUCCUUUGACACAUCAGACAAUGCAAAUAACUCAGCAGCAGCCUACACCUAUAGGUCAGCAUCAACCAAUAAAAAUGACACAACAAGCCCCAGCACCUCCUAAUUUCCGACCACUUCAACUGCCAGGAAUGGUGUACUAUGGAAACUCUGAGGCAGAGUGUCUUUCUCGUCCCCCGCAUAUAAAUUUGUGUUUGAUGUUGUGCUUGGUUGAUUGGAGCAACUUUCACAGUUUUACAUCCCCCAACUCUGAGCUUUGUCAAUUAGAUGAAACUAAUUGAUAUCUAAAGGAUGAAAUGUGGAACCAGGGUGUCGUUCAACUUCAACAAAACAACAGUCCUUAUGCCUCUCCUGUGGUGUUACUGGGAAGAAGGUUGGCACUUGGAGGCUGUAUGUUGACCAUAGAAGCUCCACCAAGCAUGCCGUAAGGGCCAGGUUAGCAUGUAUGAUAGUGUUUGACUGUAGAAGGUCCAACAUUUAAUAAUUAGAGUAGUUAUUGAAUCAACGGAGACAUUUAUUGGCAGUUUACUUGUUUGACCAUAAUUGAAUUAUGAAUAAAUUGAUGAUGAUUAAAUUAGUUUUAA